AUGGAUGGAUUGUCGCAAAAUGAGAAAAUUAUUUGGUCUUGUUGGGAAGAAAAAUCACCGAGAGAUGUUGUACGGGAAGCUGCUGCAAAGGGAACUCACAUAAGUUUAUGUAUGAAAUAUUUAAUGCAUAAGAAUGGCUGGAAUGAAUCUACAGCAUCAGAUUGGUUUAUGGCUGAGGUAAAGGCAUGGACAGUACAAUUGCUCAUGCGGAAACAGAUAUUUAAGGUACUUCACAUAUUGAGUAAAGUGAAAGUUAAUCCUGAAAUACAUUUAAUUACGUUGGCUAAAACUUCACCCCAAAUAGAAUACAGAGAUUUCAUUGUUGAGCAUUUGGAGAAAUUGUCUAAAGAUUUUUUACCAGAAAACAUUAAAAUAUGGGAAGAUUUCAAAAGGCAUUGGAAUUUGUUGCGGUAUCUUGAGAAAUCAUUUGAAGUAGAUGGCACAUUUAAACAAAAUAAGGUUUUUGGUUUUGGUAAAGACAGAAUAGUAGUUAAUGAGAGUGAAAUAAAAUCAUUGACAGUGGAAAAUAUUGAAAAAUAUUCUAAUAAAUGGAAAUGCAAAAUAGCUACAGCUUUAUUUUUCGAAUCAUUUGAAUUCUCUCUACUAGACUUUUCCUCAUCACUUGAAGUAUGGGAUUACUUGCUUCAGAAUAAUAAGGCCAUGAUUCUCAUUCGUUGGAUAAACAUGCACACUUCAGAAGUAGUGCGUGAUAAGAAUGCCCGCUUUAUUUUCUUUAGCAAUGAAAAUUUUUCAAAGAAAUUUUUAUAUGUAGAUACAAAAGGUUUCAAUAAUGAUGUUCUUGAAAAGUUAGACAGUGUCUUCCGCAGUUGGCGUAUUACUGAUAGUAUGAUAGCAAGUGUUGCAACCAGUAAUUGCUUUCCAUAUACAAAAAUGUGUAUAUAUGACACACUAGCUUCCUAUGGUAUUGUGAAUGAGGAUGAGCGUGAUAAUUUGUAUGCAAUAAUAUCGAGACUUGCUAGAACUCAAAAUUUGAAAUUGAUAGAUGAAAUAUUUUCUGAAACCUGUGCAACUGUAACUAAACAACAUUUUUAUGUCGAGCUUGCUAAAUAUUGUGUUAAACAUAGACUGUACAAAGUUUUGACCAUGUGUGUUGAGGGUCACAUAUUAGAUACUCAUUUAUCAAAUGUGGAACAAGAGGCCAAGGAAUGCAUUGAGCUAUGGUUACUUUUUAAAAGUAUUGAGCAAACUUCAGAUCGACAGAGUCAUGUUCUUCCUGUUUAUAGAACUUGUGAGCAAAUUGCUAGAGAGAACAUUGAUGAUUAUAUUUCUUCAAAUCCUCAUUUGAUAAUUGGUAUGAUUCUGCUCGAGGAUAAUGCAAAACUAUUUGAUAUAUUUUCUCAGAAUGAGUUUCUACAAUUCAAAGACUUUAAAUUGCCAAAUAAAAGGUAUAAGAAUAAAUUAACUCAUUUGUAUAAUGUCCAUAAAAAAUAUUCCGACCCAAACGAUUUAUACGAGUGUAAAGAUGUAAAUGUUUACCAGUUGUUGUCUGGAUAUCGUGGGUUGGAUGUAUCUAAGAUAUUUGAAUUUCAACUGGUCAAUCAGAAUUCAAAGAGUUUGCUUAAUAGUAAACCAGACAGACGUAGUCUAGGUAGUCUUUUAUCUGGCGAUGUGAACGUCAAUACUGCUGGUGUGAAAUCACUCACUCAGAAACCUAUGGACAUGCCACAUUUCGCCGACAAAAAGCUCAUGAAAAGAUAUGGUUACGUGGCGAAAUUAAACCAUACUUACUAUUUAAAACAAUAUCGUCCUUGUAAUGCUAGUCAAGCGUUUGUUGAACAGCAAUAUUUAAUGUACAAUCGUUUGCAAGAGAAAUGCGUCAAAAGUGCUUGUUGUGAAGCGCAUGCAUUGGCGCUCCAGAAUUGGUCCGAUCCAGCAAUUACUGCUUGUGCUAUAUCUUUUAUUGCAAUGAUUGGAUGUAAUACAUCUAGAUGUCGGGUACAUAUGUCGGUUGCAAAAAUAUUAAAAGAGUACCUCACCACAUGCAAGAAUAUGCAGAUUGAGAAAGUCAACAAAAUUAUUAGUGAAUAUAUGUACAAGUUAAUUCAGAGUGAUGAUGAUGCUGCUAAAGAAAUACUCGAGUACCUAGAAGAUGCAACCAUGUUAAAACUAAAAGAGAAACAAGAUUUAGACGGAAAAGUCGAUAUGGCUGUUGUUUUAUACGAGUUUCAAACCGUGAUCAAAUUUGCAAUGUUACAUAAUUUGCCUUUGCCAGAGAAGCAAUUGAAGGUGUUCAUAAAAUCAGAGUCUUGGUUUAAUUUUUUACUUUUCGGUGACGUGUUUCGUUAUCCUUUAGUUCAAAUGUUACAAUUGUCGCAAGAAUUUGAAAAUAGAUCAUAUGCAGAACACUUAAAACAUAUAAUGUUACAUAAGCAAUCUGAAGACGCGACUGAAAAGGAUAGUAAAUCUAACUUGAGCAAUGGACAAAGGAAGGUUUCAAGAUUAAAUUCAAUGGAAUGCAGUCCAUCGCAAAGUUCGCAGUGCUCUUUCGAAUUUCCCAGUUUGCAAUUGGGGCGUGAAUUGUGGGAAGUAGCUGCGUCUUGUCACGGCCCUGAAGAUCCUCCCGCUGCACUUAUACGUGCCGCUGAAAUGUGCCGAGAACCAUUACUAGUUUUGAUUGCCAGCUGUUAUGAACCAAAUGCUGUGGGUGUCCUCUGGGUUCAGUGGGUGUUGUCUUCUCUGGGGCCGAAUGUGGAAGUGCACGACUUCAUACAAUCCGAUACUAGUCAACAGGCCGUUACCGCUGAUCAAUUCCAGCGAGUCGCUGAACUAUGCUUAAGAGAGGGAUACAUAUCAACGUUGCAUGAGUCAAUGCUAAUAUUUAUGCCCGAAAGUCCAUUGACUCUUCUUACAUCAUUUCUCUAUCGGUGUAUUCGCAAUCGCAUCUUCGACUCGGAGACCGUGAGGCUUCUGAACAGCUUUCUGCAGCACUGCAAACGUAGGUACAGUGUGGACACAUCUAAUGUGACGUGGCAACUGUCUAGAGAAGCCUUGCAGAGAGUAUCUGUCGCACUUGUCAAAAUAGCCAUGAGCUAUAACUUCGAUAGCGCUUACCAUCAGAGAGAAUUCUUAAGAUGCUUGGCGGAAGCGGAGUUUGAAAAAUCCAUAAAUGUACCUACUCCAAAUUUUAUAGUUUUGUAUGAGAUCCUUCAAAUAUCGAUGGAGACUUCAUUGGUCGUUAACAUAUCUAAAAUGCUCCAGGAAGACGCAACCGACUAUUUAGCAGAAUUUAUAGAACUGUAUACCGUCAAUAGAAACUACGACGUUGCUCUUAAAAUUGCUAAAUUGGCCAAAUUACCCGUUAAUGACAUAUUAAAAUCUGAGUGGACGCACAAAUACCAAAUGCUAAUUAACAAAGAAGAUUAUGUACUAGAAGAAAAAGAAUUGACCUUAUUCAUUGCUCAAUGCAGCGAAGCUUUCAAAAAAGCUCCAGUUACCUUCAAAGAAGCGACAGAUUUUCUGGUGCAUUACACCGAAAAUAUAACUGAGCCUCUUCAGAAGUUUUACUCAUACAAAAUCAUUAUGAGUUGGUUUCAAGAGCACCACGAAUAUGGACGUCGAAGAGAACAGAUCGAACACAGAAUGUGGGCUGCGUAUUUUGAAAGUGAACCACAUUAUGACGUCUUUCUAAAUGGCUACCAUAGCACUUUACAUUACAUAUUAAACGGACAGAAAGAUCAAACUGUAUCGAAGAAGAUUGGCCUCAUAAAUGCAGAGAAACCGUUUUCAAUGGCAAUUGGAGAGAUAGAAGUCGAAUCAGAUGUUGGUAACAUCGAAGAUGUAGUGAUGCUAGAAGAACCGGAAGCAAUUGACAACUGGAGAAAAAUUAUGGGGCAACUGAUUGAGUUGAGAUUGCUGGUUGAUGCUUUUCGUCUAUCGGCUCUUUUUAAGACGCCGCCUGAAUAUAGAUAUCGGUAUCCUUGUUGUCCCGUUCAAAUAAUAAGAACUUGUCUGAAGUUAGCUGAAGGCUCCUGCUCUCCUUAUGAGUUGCCACAAGAAUUGCGACUGGUUAUUUCCUCACCUUUGCUUCAAAAUAAGCUAUCGAUUUCAGGAACGUCGGAUUUGAGUUUCGAAGAAUUGGUUGUUAUACAAGAGAAACAAGAUAAUGUACCCGAGAGUGUGCAUUUAGCGGCUAGAGAAGAAGCCGAUCGGCUCUCUGCUUUAGAUGCGCUCGCUGUGCGAAGCGGAUUGACGCUCGCGAAGCAGGUUGCUAGCUAUUUUCGUAUAGCUUUACAAAUAGGCUGGGAGUAUAUGUCAGUACUGAAGUACCAGAAUCAUUCAGUCGAUUUCAUCAACCUAGUCAGCGGGAGAGCACGAAUGUCUCUUGCAAACAUGGUGUUUAAAACAUUCAACAUUCCAUCAAAACAAGUUGCAGAAUACUUAUGCCGCGAAAUGGUAGCAGCGAUAAUAUCUCCGCACCUAGUCAAAACAUCAACGUUUAGACAAAAAGAGCAUUUUCAAUAUACUCUUUGGGGAUACACGCUGAGUUCUGACUUGGAAAUGUUUCUGAACAUGCGCCCAGAUGCAUGUAGCCAUAUCGGAAGACUUAUCCUUGACCAUCUCAUGGCAUUCCAAAAGAUAUAUAAAUCAAUGAACCCGGCGAAAAUGCCAGAAAACACUUUGGAUGACAGCUGUCUUGACGUGGAAACUUUAAUAGAUGAAGAGUACCAGAAUGUGGAAAGUGGAGAAGUGCAAUCUGUUUUAACUGAAGAAGGAACUGUAAUGUCCGCUGACACAGAGUCUGUAUAUUCCGUGUCAAGCGUUUAUACCGUUGGCAAUAAGAUGACGCGUGAAUCGAGGCGAAAUCUUUUUGAUGUCAUAACGAAGAGCAAUGUGCACAUAAGAUACGAAGUGAAGUCUAAUAUUAGAAAGAUAACGAAGGGCGCCAAGUUGUCUACAAAACAGGUGAAUAUAAUUUCGAUCGAGCUGCUAGUGUUAGCGCACGAAUGUUUUUCGUGCGCGUGCGAUACAGAGGGCGUGGCGGUUACGCUUCGUUCUGCUCAAGCGCUCACGGGCCGACUGUUAGCCGCUCGCUCGUGGCGGCUCAUGGUGCGACUGUUAACGGGAUUGGCCCGAUAUACUGAAUGCGCAUACGUCUUUCAGGCAUUACGCGAUAAUCAUCAGUUCGAGUUUUUACUGGGCCAGUUUGACUAUAUGUUGGGGCAACAGCCCGAGAAGAUCGCUGAAUUCAAGCAGGGCUUAUUGGACUUCCUCAAAAUUCAUUGCCCUGGUGAUACAGACACUUAUAUUAUGGUCGCACUACACUUCAACAUGUACGCGGAAGCUGCGAACGUUAAGAAGAAACAGGCGUUGUCUUUGAUCGAAGAUUUGGAGAAAAUAGCGCUUGAUGCAGUGAAAGCCACUUCGAAGAAACCUUUUCAACCGCCAACUUGGCUUCAGAUACACGAUAGUGUGAUGACAAGGUCUUUAUUGGAGACAGCGAUAGAGCAUUGCACGGAUGCAGCCGAGUUGUACCUGCAAGGGGGAUGCACGGGGUUCGCGGGCGAGAUGGCAGCACUCGCGCAGCAAGUUGCUUUACAGAUGUCGCUACUAAACGCCUCGCCUACUAGGCUCAUACUGAACAGAACUACAGAACAGAUGUACAAGCUUGUCAGCGAGUAUCUAAGCUUUAUGGAAGGUCUGGUACUUCUUGCGGGGCGCGGUGGGGAGGCGUGGCGGGAGCUAGCGUAUCGGCGAGCAAUCUCUAACGAUCAAGCGUACUUACGGGACAUGGCCGCCUAUCGACCUGACGUAGCGCACCAUUUCCUCGCCAGAUACAAAUCAGAAAAGAACAGAACAACGGUAUCGAAUGCUGCUAUGACGGAAUUGCGAAACCUUUGCAGAUGA